AUGAGAUUCAGUCGGAGUAGUACGCUUCAAUGGCAUCAGAGAACCCACACAGGGGAGAAACCUUUUGAAUGCUCACACUGUGGAAAGAGAUUCCGUCAGAGUGGCACUCUUCAACAACAUCAUAGGACGCACACAGGAGAGAAACCUUUUGAAUGCUCACAGUGUGGAAUGAGAUUCAGUCGGAGUAGUACUCUUCAAUGGCAUCAGAGAACCCACACAGGGGAGAAACCUUUUGAAUGCUCACACUGUGGAAAGAGAUUCCGUCAGAGUGGCACUCUUCAACAACAUCAUAGGAUGCACACAGGAGAGAAACCUUUUGAAUGCUCACAGUGUGGAAUGAGAUUCAGUCGGAGUAGCACUCUUCAAUGGCAUCAGAGAACCCACACAGGGGAGAAACCUUUUGAAUGCUCAGAGUGUGGGAAGAGAUUCAGUCGGAGUGGCCAUCUUCAACUGCAUCAGAAAACCCACACAGGGGAGAAACCUUUUGAAUGUUCAGAGUGUGGAAGGAGAUUCAGUCGGAGUGGCACUCUUCAACAACAUCAAAGGACCCACACAGGGGAGAAACCUUUUGAAUGCUCACAGUGUGGAAAGAAAUUCAGUCAGAGUGGCACUCUAAAGCUGCAUCAGAGAACCCACACAGGGGAGAAACCUUUUGAAUGCUCACAGUGUGGAAAGAGAUUCAGUCACAGUGGCACUCUAAAGCUGCAUCAGAGAAUCCACACAGGGGAGAAACAUUUUGAAUGCUCACAGUGUGGAAAGAGAUUCACUCACAGUGGUGCUCUUCAAAAGCAUCAAAGAACCCACACGGGGGAGAAACCUUUUGCAUGCUCAGAGUGUGGAAAGAGAUUCAGUCAGAGUGGCCAUCUUCAACAGCAUCAGAGAACCCACACAGGGGAGAAACCUUUUGAAUGCUCACAGUGUGGGAAGAGAUUCAGUCAGAGUGGCCAUCUUCAACAGCAUCAAUGGACCCACCCAGGGGAGCAACCUUUUGAAUGCUCACAGUGUCUGUCUGUUUCACCCCAGCAGAAUGGGUCCUGCUGGAUCCGGGCCAGAAAACUCUCUACAGGGAAGUCAUGCGGGAAAACUAUUGGAGCGUCAUCUCUCUGGCAGAGAACCCAAACAAGGGAGAAACCUUUUGAAUGCUCAGAGUGUGGAAAGAGAUUCAGUCGGAGUGACCAUCUUCAACAGCAUCAGAGAACUCACACAGGGGAGAAACCUUUUGAAUGCUCAGAGUGUGGGAAGAGAUUCAUUUUCAGUGGCAGUCUUCAACGCCAUCAGAGAACCCACACAGGGGAGAAACCUUUUGAAUGCUCAGAGUGUGGAAAGAGGUUCAGUCAGAGUGGCCAUCUUCAACAGCAUCAGAGAACUCACACAGGGGAGAAACCUUUUGAAUGCUCAGAGUGUGGAAAGAGAUUCGUUCACAGUAGUACUCUAAAACAGCAUCAGAGAACCCACACAGGGGAGAAACCUUUCAAAUGCUCAGAGUGUGGGAAGAGAUUCAUUUUCAGUGGCAGACUUCAACGGCAUCAGAGAACCCACACAGGGGAGAAACCUUUUGAAUGCUCAGAGUGUGGAAAGAGAUUCGGUUGCAGUAAUACUCUAAAACUGCAUCAGAGAACCCACACGGGGGAGAAACCUUUUGAAUGUUCAGAGUGUGGGAAAAGAUUCAUUUUCAGUGGCAAUCUUCAAGAGCAUCAGAGAACCCACACAGGGGAGAAACCUUUUGAAUGCUCAGAGUGUGGAAAGAGAUUCAGUCGCAGUAGUACUCUAAAUCGGCAUCAGAGAACCCACACAGGGGAGAAACCUUUUGAAUGCUCAGAGUGUGGAAAGAGAUUCGGUCGCAGUAGUACUCUAAAUCGGCAUCAGAGAACGCACACAGGGGAGAAACCUUUUGAAUGCUCAGAGUGUGGAAAGAGAUUCCGUUGGAGUGGCUAUCUUCAACAGCAUCAGAGAACUCACACAGGGGAGAAAUGUUUUGAAUGCUCAGAGUGUGGAAAGAGAUUCAGUCAAAGUGGCAGUCUUCAACGGCAUCAAAGGAUCCACACGGGAGAAACCCCUUUUUCAUGCUCAGAUUGUGGAAAGAUAUUCAGUUGCAGUGGCUCUCUUCAGCUGCACCAGAGAACCCACAUGGGGAAAACUUCUUUGAAUGCAAAGAGAUUCACUUGGCAUGGAUAUCGUCAACAGCAUCUUAAGAAUCCACACAAGGAGAAACUGUAUAACGGCUUAGCCUAUCAAAAGAGCUUUUCUAGAUAGCUUGAAUGUACACAGAAAUUUUACGCUAAACAGGACGAAAUGUUAAAAACGGUCAGACUAUGGCAGGAGAUUUAGCCAUGUUUGGAGACCUCAAACACAUCCCACUGUCCCACAUGCUGUUAAAGGGACACCACUUUUUACCUCCAGGCAGUUGGCAACCCUAGAUUAAGCGUUUCUUUAUGAAUCAGAGUACUGCUAAGGAGAAGUCAGAGCUCAUUAAAGAGAUUAUUAUUUGUUGCUAGUAAAUCAGACUUUGUGAAUUCAGAAACUGCAGCUGGGGUAAAAUCUCACAGCUCAGCUAUAAUGGGAGCUUAUAUGGAGCAUAUAUAGGAUUCCCAUUCUACAACCUCUCCACUGUUAUUGGGCUCAAUAUAAAGUGUUGGCUAUUACCCGAAAAGCCCUUCAUGACCCUGGACACUUAUAAUUGCCAGACUGCCUCUCCUCCUCUGUGCCCCCACAACAGCUCCGCUCCUCUGGGUGAGGUCUUCCGCAGGUGCCAACCUACAAAUGGGCGAAAUCAGCAACUGCACAUACACCUGUUGGGGAGCUACCUGCCCGAGGAGGUCAAGAAACUAUUGAAAACUGAGUGGAUCAAGAGAGCUUUUCUACUCGGGCAGGAGACUCCAACUGUCUAAAAUGACUCACAAAGUUAACUUGGAGAAAACAUUAGGGACUGUGGUCUGUGCUACUGUGUUUAGGGCAGUGAACCUAGGAUCCUACGAAGCAAAUCUUGUAUCAUAUAUUAUUUAAUGUGUCAUUUUAAGACCAAGCCUAUGCUUCAGCUGUGAUUAUAGAUUUCUGAUUGGUUCUACAACCCUAAUCCUUUUGUGUUGUUCAUGGAAUGCUGCUUCUUGUUGAUUAUUUGGACUCACUUCUGUUAGUCCUUUCCCAGAGGCCUGUCAUUCAAAAGCCCUGGCAGAGGAGCAGACCUUCUGAAGCAUUCUUCAAUAAUUAUCCUGAUUUGGCUAUAGAUUAGGAUUUACUUUGAGCCCCAGAUUUGGAAUUCUUUGGGAAAAUUUCUUUUUGCCGAAUAGAAUUAAUUAUAGGCUAUUUCUCAGUUCUUAAUAUCUAGUAUAUUGUGUACUGUUUUGGUAAAUUGUUUAUGCAUCAAAUUGUUUAAAUUGGAUCUUUGUAUUUAGAUUUAUGUUUUUAUUACUUAUUUUCCCUUGCAUUGGAUUAGAUUUAAUUUUUUUUAAAAGCA